GAGGGAAUGAUGAAGAGAGGGAGGGAGAGAAAAAGGGAACGCUAGAACGUCACCAUUUUUAUGACACUACACAAUAUACUUGAAGUCUCUCCAAUACAUUUGAAAAGCUAUUGUGUUUUCCCUUCUUGACCACAAUCUUGUCUUUCUAGAUGAAAUCUUGGGAGACCCAUUAAAAGCAUAAAUGCUCUUCAGUGUGGACUGGCAAUUUAAAAACAAGUGUGGUUUUGAAGUUUCAGUAAUAAAAUAUUUUCUUAAAAUAGAAAUGGGUGCAAAAUUAGCAAUGUUAAUUUUAUGAAUUCAUUAUCAAGUGCUUUUAGAAAGAGCUCUAAUGUCCCAUGUUUUUAGAGAUUUGGGUCCUUACUCUAGAGGAGAUUUCAGGUUUAUAAAAGAUUUCUUGAUGUUUUUGUCAUUAUUGUAAUAGUUGAAUGUUUAGGUUUAGACUUAGGUACUUGCUUUACUUCUGUUAUUUUAGCCCAUAUUAUAAUGAUCUGAGAGAAAAACUAAUGUAGCAAUGAAUUGAAUUUUUAUUUUAACUAAUUCCUAUAAAAUUUAUGCUGACUAAAAUUACUAAACAUAACUGAGAGAACGAGAUACUAAGCUUGUUCAAAUUUUUAUGAAGCUCAUCACCUUAUAAUAUUUACAAGUAAUGUUCACUUUUUAAUGUCAUGGUUUUUGACUCUAAGAAACCAUUAAUUUAAAAUUCACUAUCCCUUUAUAUUCCCUUACCAGGAACGAUUGCAAAGUAAAUUAUGCUGAUAUAAGUUCAUAGCAUUGAAUUUUAUGUUUAUCAAAAGAUCUCAGAUUUCUUUAGACAGUUUAACUUGGUGGCAAUCUUGUAAACACAGUAAAAGGGGGGAAGAAAACAUAGGAUCUCCCAGGGUCUGGUAAGCAGGCUUCACCCCUGCUCCAGGCUCCGCCCCCGUGGGACCCGGCCCCUCCUCCCCUGUGCCCCAGGCUCCACCCCUGUGGAGCCUCGCAAGGCCCGCUGGGAAGCCUGCCUCUGCGCCUCUGAUUGGUCAGGCUGUGGGGGGGGGGCAGGCCAACGUGAGUGGAGCUGAGCAAGAUGGCGGCGCGGAUGAUGCGGAGGGUGCAGGCGGUUCAUCUUGAGUCUGACGCUUUCCUGGUUUGUCUCAACCACGCUCUGAGCACAGAGAAAGAGGAGGUGAUGGGUCUGUGUAUAGGGGAGUUGAAUGAUGGCGCGAGGAGUGUCUCCAGACUCACACACGCUGGCCCUGAAAUGGGCGCGGUUGCCGAAACGAUGGAUGCCCCCGCCAGGGUUGUUCACAUUCACUCUGUCAUUAUCUUGCGGCGUUCGGACAAGACCAAGGACCGAGUAGAAAUCUCUCCAGAGCAGCUGUCCGCAGCGUCCAUCGAGGCAGAAAGGUCAGCCGAACAAACAGGUCGUCCCCUGAGAGUUGUUGGCUGGUAUCAUUCCCACCCUCAUAUAACCGUUUGGCCUUCCCAUGUGGAUAUCCGUACACAAGCCAUGUACCAGAUGAUGGAUCAAGGCUUUGUAGGACUGAUUUUUGCUUGUUUCAUAGACGACAAAACCACAAAGACUGGUCGGGUACUCUACACUUGCUUCCAAUCCGUGCAAGACCCAAAGAGCUCAGAAUAUGAGAGAAUUGAAAUCCCAAUCCAUAUUGUACCUCAUACCACCAUCGGGAAGGUAUGCCUCAAAUCAGCAAUAGAGCUGCCGAGGAUCCUGUGCCAGGAAGAACAAGACGCAUAUAGGAGGAUUCACAGACUUACACAUCUGGACUCAGUAACCAAGAUCCAUAAUGGCUCGGUCUUCACCAAGCAUCUGUGCAGUCAGAUGUCCACAGUCAGUGGGCCCCUACUGCAGUGGUUGGAAAACAGACUAGAGCAAAACCAGCAGCGUUUGCAGGAGUUGGAACAAGAAAAGGAAGGCCUUAUGGAAGAACUGUCUUCCCUAGAAUAAAUCAGGAGGACAGAAAUGGGUGGAUGAAAAUACUUAGCAUACAAUUUAUAAGCUAAAUUAAUUUCAAAGAAGAUAAGGUUGGAGGACUCACAUUAUAUAACUUCAAGACUUCUUAUAAAGUUGCGGUAAUGAAGAUACUGUGGUAUUCAUGGAAGUCUAGACAUAUAAAUCAAAGGAACAGAAAAGAAAACCCAGAAAUAAACCCUCGAUUGUAUGCCUGACUAAUUUUGACAAAGUACAAAAGUGUUUCAAGGAAUAAAGGGCAGUCAUUUUGGCAAAUUGAACUUCUACAGGCCAACAAAAUAAAUUCUAACAGUACCUCAAAAAUGUUUCAUGGAUUUAAUGUAAGACAGAGACCUUUUAGAAAAAUAUCAUAUGAGAAAAAUCUUCAGGAGACAUGUUUUUAAAAUUCAGCCCAAAAGGACAAUCUGGAAGAACACAAAGUAGACAUAUUGGACUUCACCAAAAUUAAAACUUUAUUUUGUAAAGAAAGAAAAAAAUGAAAAAGAAAGAGGAUAAGAAGAUAAGAAAUUAAUUGCAACCCUUGUAGUAUCUAAUACCUGAUAAAUAUGGAAAAAAGAAAUAUGAUUAAAACUCAAAAAUAAACCAUCCUAGUAGGAAAUAAAUACAUCUUUUCACCAAAGAGGAUAUAUAGAUGGCAGGUAAUGUUCUGAAAACAUGUUGAACUUCAUAUGUCCUUGAGGAAUGCAAAUUAAAACUAGAAUGUGGUGUGACAUCCACUUAAGAGGUUUGCUAAAGAGACAAUAGUGAAAAUACCAAAUAUUGUUAUGGAUGGAAACUAUAUUUCUCAAACACCAAAGACAAGGGUGUCAAAUACAGCUACGCUGUAGAAGAAUUUGGAAGUGUUUUAUAAAGUUAACUGUACACUUAACAUGUGUCCCAGCAAUUGCACUGCCUGGGCACAAAAACUUUGACAGAACGUUUCAUAGCAGCUUUAUUUGAGAUAGCCUCAAAUGAGAAACAACCCAACUGUUCUGCCAUGGAUAAGUAGUUAAACCAUUCCUACCAUGGAAUACUACUCUGUAGUAAAAAGGAACAGACUACUAAAGAUAUACAACUUGAAUGAGCCUUGGGGUAUAUUAUAUAAAUGAAAAAAAAAAAGGGUAAUCUCAAAAGGUUACUUGCUGUACAGUUGCAUUUGUAUAGCAUUGUAGAAAUGUCAGAACUAUGGAGAGGGAGUAACAGAUGAAUGAUUUCUAGGUUUCAGGACUGCAUAGUCUAUAGGAUAUAUAUCACUAUGACAUUAUAGAAUAAGAGUUCAUUUAGGCUGAUGAUAUUUUGUAUAUUGCUUCCAAUGUUUAGUACAUAAAACUAUUCUCAGGCUAAUAUUUUAUAUAUCUGUAUACACAAACACUAAUUUGUGUAAAAAUCUAGCGGCAGUGAAUAUUAUACCAUUGUCCUAAUUGGUUUUGAAGUUGCACAGUUGUAGGAUACCCUACAACUAGAGGAAACUGAAUAGAGGAUAUGUGGGAUUUUGUACUAUUUUUCUAAUUUCUGAUAAGCCUAUAAUUAUUGUAAAAUAAAAACUGUAUUUAACAAAAAGAGUGCUGGAUAGAGCUUUUCCAUUAAUAUUGCCUCUAAAGUCUUGCAAACUUCUUGUCUCUCAUUUUGCUAGUGUUUAUGGUACAUGUUGACACAGGAAGGCUUCAGACAGCAAACAGGAUUCAUUACCUCUGCUCAGCUUCCCCCGAAGUGAUUCAUGGCAUGGACCAUUGCUGAGGAUACCAACCAUCCUGAGCAUACCUAGGCAAGCAACAGUUUAUCCUGGCAGAGAGUGAAUAUGAGAUGCCAUAACAUCUUUAAAAAAAAAAAAA